UGAACCGGUUCAUGUUUUGACUACUGCACCAUGUAAAUUCUGCUACUUGAAUUACUUAAUUUCUUAACACAGCACCUCUUUUUCAUGGCUGUCGCUUUUUCUGUCGGUACAGUGGAUGUCAGACAGGUAGCCUAAUUGCUAAGUGUCUUGGAGGCUUGAUGCUGUCCAUCCCUGCCCUGCCCUGUGCCAAGUGUCAACAUGGAUGAGGAAACCCUUGAGGCAGCCAUCAGUACCUAUGGUGCCCAGCUGCAGCAGGUGGAGACAGCCCUGUCAGCUGGCCUGGACCCUUCCCAGCAGUCAGACCUGCUCAAACUGAAAGACGACCUUCGUCAGUUGAUAGAGCUCACAGAGGCCAGCCUGGUGUCCGUCAAAAAGAGUCGGCUUCUGGCCAGCCUCGAGGACAGUAAUGGACUGCAGGGAAACACCUCAGAGGCAGCAGCAUACACAAACGGUGCAGGAGGCAGUGUGGAUGAUGAGUUUGCUGCUUUCUACUCUGCACUAGGGGAGUCGUCAGGUAGUAGCUCUGAUACUAGAGGGAGAGACGAUGAGGAGGAAGGUGGUGUAGAAUAUGGUGAAGAGGAGGAGGAGGAGGAAGAAGAGGCAGAAGAUGCUCUCAGUGGUACCAAAGUAAGAGCACCCUACCGGACAGCAUGGGGGACACUGGAGUAUCACAAUGCCAUGGUGGUGGGGACAGAACCGUCGGAUGGUGAAGAGGCACAAGUAAGAGUGCUCUACGUCUACCCCACCCAGAAGUCUAUGAAACCCUGUCCAUUCUACCUAGAGGACAAAUGUCGCUUCCCGGAUAAUUGCAGGUUUUCCCACGGUGAAGUGGUGUAUGUGUCGGAGCUCAGAGAGUUCCUUGAGUUUGACCUCAGUAAUCUUGAAGAAGGAUCAUCCUGCUUGGCUCGACAUGAGGACGGCAUCUGGUACCCAGCCAAAAUCAAAGAACUUGACAGUGGUUUCUACACCGUGAAGUUUGACUCACUGCUGCUGAAAGAUGUUGUGGUCGAGGCCGACUGCAUUAUCCCGCCUUUGAGAGAAGACGACCCGCUCUCCUCUGAAUCAGACCUGGACGACACUGGAGAUGGAGAUUAUGUGGCUUAUGCAAAAGUUGUGGACUCUGCUGCAGAUUCCACAGAAGCAUUAAACAGCGCACAUUUUGGUGGCUGGGAGGCACAUACCAGAGGCAUCGGAUCCAAGCUUAUGCUCAAAAUGGGAUACGAGUAUGGGAAAGGCUUAGGAAAGAUGCAGGAGGGUCGGGUAGAGCCGGUCAUGGCAGUGGUCCUCCCCAAAGGCAAGUCUCUGGAUGAGUGUGCCGAGCUCACCCAGAGACGAACACAGGGCAAGGCUGCUAAAGAUGGCACACAAACAGGCCGCCCAAAGAGACGCAGGAAGCCUCGGAAGCUCGCCACCGGAGAGCGCCAUACCGUCUUUGACUUCCUCAACCACAAGCUGGGAAGCAAGAGAGCUGAUCCUGCUGAGGGGGGUGCUGCUGCGCCGUCUGCAGUGAGGGGGGUGGAGGCUUACAGGGGAGGGAAAAGCACCAAGAGGACUCUGAAUGUGAAGCUGUUCCAGGCUGCUGAGAGGGUGUCCCAGACGGAGAGGGAGAUCCAGAAACUGUCUGAGUCACUCAGCAGACAGACAGGCAGGGACGCAUCCAGAGUGAAGCAGCUGGAAGAGAAGCUGUCAGCGGCCCGCCGGCUGCUGGCCCAGCAGAAAGCCCAGGAGCUGUCCAUCCAGAGAGAGCACAAGAAGGCUGACACACACAAGAAGAUGACUGAGUUUUAGGCUCAGUUCUCUCAAAGACUUGGAGGAUAAAUGGAAGCACUGCCUGCCUAAAAUGAACUUUUGUCCCUUUCCUGUUGUCAGUUAUUUGCAACACUGUUUUUUAAAAAGACAUUUUUUAGCAUUAUUUCUCACUGGCAGCGUGGACUGGAGCUGGCAGUGGUGCAGAAUAGAUCAUUUUCUAUGUUUCUCGUUUUAUUUUCAAGGACUGAGCAGUUCAGUUGUUUGGUUUCAAAUAAUACACUUCACAAUAAUGCUGCAAACGAAAUUUUAUUUGUGAUGAGCAUUUAGUCUCAGUGUAUUUUUCUUCGUCUGCACUAAAAACUCUGAGUUUGGAGAA